AUGACCCAAUUUGAAUCCCUGCCUCGCGAAAUACGAGACCAAAUCUACGGCCAGGUGCUCAUCAGCCCAUUUCCAAUAGAGUUCAGUAAUGUCCUUGGUCCCAUGGUUUACGAUCCUGACCUCCUAGGUGCUAUGGCCAUGCUUUUCGCCUGGGCAUCGAAUCGCCAAAUCGCCGACGAUGCCUGUGAGAUGUUUUACCAACACAAUACCUUCCUAGUGCAUUGUGAGGACCUACCCGCAUUUUUAGGAGCAAAGAUCCACAGAAUGUUGUCAGUUGAUGUCAGUCAGUCCAUGCAUCAGCAAGCGCCUACAUGUAUCCGGUUGUUCGACAUCAAGGAGUGGGUAACAAGUAUCGAUGUGGUUAUAGAGCAGGACAAUACGAGAUAUUCCAGAUAUCUCGCAUAUGAGCUUGGGUAUCUGUUAGAUUGUCCACGGCUACGGAAGCUGACCGUCAAAGCCGGACAGACUACCAUGAUGAACUGGGAGGAGGAGUGGACAGGUGUGCUCAAGGAGCUUCAGUCAAAGAUAGGCCGGGGACUUAAAGUGAUCUAA